UUGCACUCUUACACUUCCACCGGCAGCCACCAAGCCAUGCAAAUAUCUCCACCACAUUUUAAAGCUCCAAGUUUUCACCACUGUUUAACCUCCAAACCCACCUCCCCAAUCCCCAAUCCUCCAAAUCCCAUGAAUUCUCCAAAUUUCCCAAUCCACCAACAAACCCAAUUGAUUGAUUCACAAAAAGUUCAAAACUUUCCACUUUCCCACUUCCCCUUAUUCCUUAAUCUGCUUUCCCAAUAAGCAGCUUUUCCCAAUCGGAGAUAUGUUAGCUCUGGAAAUGGCCCGGGAUGAGCUGCUGGUCCCGGCGCCGGAGGACACUGCUCAGACGCAGGCUCAAGCCUCUGCCGCCAGCAAGAAAAAAACUGCAGCUUUGAGAAGCUGGAUUUCGCUGGACCAUGACGGGCAGGGAACGGUUUUGGAUUUGGACAAGCACGCCAUUAUCCACCGAGUUCAGAUUCACGCUCGAGAUCUUCGGCUUCUCGAUCCAUUGUUAUCGUAUCCUUCUACAAUCUUGGGCAGAGAGAAAGUGAUUGUUCUUAAUUUGGAGCAGCACAUCAAAGCAAUAAUCACAGCGGAUGAGGUACUGCUUAGAGACCCGUUUGAUGAUACUGUACUUCCCAUCGUUAAGGAGCUUCAAAGGCGUUUGCCUCUGUCAAGUACCAAUUUCAAUGGCCAAGGAGAAGAAGAAGACGCUUCUGGGGUACAAAAAGAUGAAACUGAUGAGGAAAAUGAAUUCCCAUUCGAAUUCCGAGCUUUAGAAGUUGCACUAGAAGGUAUCUGUAGUUUUCUUGAUGCGCAGACUAGAGUUCUAGAGGCUGAUGCUUAUCCGGCUUUAGAUGAGCUGACCUCCAAGAUUAGCAGUCGUAAUUUGGAUCGUGUUCGGAAGUUGAAGAGUGCAAUGACCAGGUUGACAAAUCGGGUUCAAAAGGUAAGAGAUGAACUCGAACAACUUCUUGAUGACGAUGAUGAUAUGGCAGACCUUUACUUGUCAAGAAAGAUGGUGGGGACUUCACCUGUCAGCGACUCUGGCGCUCCAAAUUGGUCUCUCGCCUCACCUACUAUAACUAUAGGCUCGAAGGUAUCAAGAACAAGCAGGGCGAGUGCUGCAACAACAGUUGAAGAGGAGAAUGAUGUCGAGGAACUUGAGAUGUUGCUCGAGGCUUACUUUAUGCAAAUUGAAGGCACGUUGAAUAAAUUGACAGCGCUGCGCGAAUACAUCGAUGACACAGAGGAUUACAUUAAUAUCCAGCUUGACAAUCAUCGGAAUCAGCUAAUUCAGCUAGAGCUGUUCCUAAGUUCUGGAACUGUUUGUUUGUCUAUGUGUUCUUUGGUGGCUGCAAUAUUUGGCAUGAACAUCCCGUAUACAUGGGCAAAAGAUCAUGGAUACGUAUUCAAAUGGGUGAUCAUCGUCACGGGGAUAGUUUGCGGCUCCGUUUUCUUGUUGAUAAUCUCGUACGCUCGGCACAAAGGUCUUGUUGGAUCUUGAUACUCAUACCAUUUGAUCUGUUGGGAAAGAUGUAUACAUAGUAGAGCUUUGCAACUAUCAUCAUCAUGUAUUGUUAUGUACAAAUAUAGGCAGCAUUGGCUCAAGGGGUUACUUGUAGUUAGCAAUUGACCGAAUAAAGUUUAAUGUUGCGAUUACGUUGGCAUCAACGUGUAGGAGAUUGUAAAAAGCUUGUAGCUCAAUUGGUUACGGGCAUUGUUUACUCUUCCACUCCGAGUCACGUGUUCAAUUCUGUCUCAUCCAAUAUCGCUUGUAGAUAAAUAUGCAUGAGAUUUUGUUCUGGAA